CUGGUAACCAAACGAUGAACUGGGGAUAUGUCAGUAUAAAUGUCUGAAAGAAGAGGGUGAGUGUCAGUGCACGUAGAUCACUGUUGCUGCUGGUGUAGGGGCAAGCAAGCUGAGCUCCAGCAAUCAUGAGCAUCCUUACAACAUUUGUGGUGAUGACAGCACUGGUGUGUGCUUCACUCGCUGAGUCUAGUUCCCAUGGAAGAGGCAGCCAGGGAAGCAGCCAUGGUGCAAGUAUCAGAGACGCAAACUAUGGUGGUGGAGGCCAUGGUGGCAGCUCUGGUAUAGUUCAUGCCCAACUUGUUGGCAGGCAUAGCAGCACAACUGGUGGCAGCGCUGGGGGCAGCUAUAAAAGUGAACAUCAAGGCCCAAGCAUUAUACGUUUCCAGCUUGUUGGCAGACAUACCAGCACUACUGGUGGUAAUGUUGUAAGUGGUGGCAGUUAUAAAAGUGCACCAAGGAUUCCUACCAUCAUCCGUGCCCAACUUGUUGGCAGACAUACCAGCACAACUGGUGGCAGUAUUGGCCGCGACGGUGGCAGCUACAACAAAGUUGAGCAUCAGGGACCAAGCAUAAUACGUUUCCAGCUUGUUGGUAGACAUACCAGCACAACUGGUGGCAGUGUUGGCAGCGGGUACAGAAGUGCACCACAAAUUCCUACCAUCAUCCGUGCUCAGCUUGUUGGUAGCCACAGCAGCACAACUGGCGGUAGUGGUAGCAGUUCUGGUGGCAGUUAUGGAAGAAAACGUUAAGGGCCAAAUAUCUUACACGCUCUGCUUGUAAACAUACCAGCAGUGAUGGCGAUAUAGGAUAUUAUUAGUUUUGAUGGAUCACGUAGUAGCUGUGGUGUUUACAGAACACAACAAAAGUAACUCGAUUUUACCUUUCUCUCCUGUUUAUCACAGGAUACUUGAUAAUGAAAUCUGAACGACGUUUUGGUCCGUCCUGCACCGUAACGUCGACCAGAUACCUUUCUCAUUUAGUAGGUUAGCUGUGAACUGAACUAUCCACUAACACGAACGUGUAGAUAGCAUUUGAACCCCAUGUUUCGACUUCGUCGUCUGGGUUCCAGAAUUUAUGUACAGGGCAACGUGCGGUUUAUGGCACUGACACAUGAAACAGCUUAGGCCUUCAUAAUACCAAUAUUUCGCUCAAGAUGUGUCUGCUAUCUAUGUUGACUCGUUGCCUCUUUACCAUGUUGUCCUGUUUCCUGACGAACCUUACCUAACCUAAUCUCUGUACCAUGUGUUCUCGCAGCUUAUAGUGAAAAAUAUUCUUCACAUUAGGCAGUUUACAUGACAUAAAAAUAUUUUCGUACCAAAACAAAAAUAAAAAUAA